AUGUAUACCUCUUCCAGUGGUUAUCAUACAUCUGGACGACCGUCUAGACAGCGCUCACGCACGCGGAGCGAUCCCGGCCACUCACAUAUAUCUUCUCCAUAUACACUACAAUGGCCUGCGCCAGCACGGCGCAAUACCGAGCCUGUGCCUCUGGGUAUCAGCGGUCUGAGCGGCAUAUUACAACGAAUCCCUUCGCAAAGCUCUUCUGUCGAGCAAACUGAUACUCUAGUUGUUCUUCAUCCCGAGUCAUCUCCCGCGCAAGAUCAGACGUCGAGCUCUCCAGCCGGGGCUGUUCCAUUAGUUGCGUCAAAGCCGCUACCUGCACGCCCAUCGUCCCCACAGAGCUCGGGACACCAGCGAAGCUCUUCGAAGCAAGGUAGUAUCAGAAUAUCACAAGAUUCGCUAAUCAAAGAUAUCCCACAGCCGUCCAACCCAGUGCUCAACACGACGGCCUUCCUGGUUCCCCGGCAGCAGAACGUCACGCUCACGCCACCUCAGGGGACAGCUAUGGCACACCAAGAAUUAUAUCAGAAUAUGCAUCAGCAAUCCUACUGGAAUGCGAGUGCAACACAGGUUACGCACCACACUUCCUACAGCGGCUCUGAGGCUUCCCCGCAGGGUGGUCAUCACUCCAAUAAUUCGCACCAUAGCACCCGUCACCGCUCGCGCUCGCGCCGUCCAAGUGCUGCAUCGCACCGGUAUGCGUCGAGCAUCACCCAGCCCGCAUAUAAUCAGAGUAGCUCUACCACCUUGAAUGUGUCGCGAACCUCCUUCAAUACCAGUGCCACACUCCCAAAGAACCAUAAUGUGGCAUCGCAACCUCCAGGGGAAACUGCCGGUUUUGAUCGUGCUGGGAGCAACCCUACCAACAUCUUGUCAGGAUCGCAGGAAAGAUCGAGGCCGCACACCCGUCCUAGCAUCUCAUCAGGAUCGCAGGAAAGAUCAAGAUCCCAUACCCGUCCUAACAUCACUCCUUCUACAACCGCCGCUACAACCGCCACCGCACACUCAAUUAGUAAAUCGAAAGAAAUUCAUGUUAGUGCGCCAGCUCCUACACCCGCCGCAAAGGACAUCCACCAUACAACCCAGCGACCGGCUUUGCCCGCUAAUCUUAGCAGCCAGACACAGACACGCUAUGUGAACAUGCUCCUCGCACUUGACGAUAUCCCGCCGCUCUUUAACUUGCUUGCAUCAUUUUUCACCUGGAUCUUGCUCGCUGGCUUUGUGCUUUUCCCUGGAACAUUCGCAUCUUGGAGAAACCAGCCUGCCGGAGACACUGAGAAGCAGAUUUUAAGUAUAGUCGACGACAUUCCCUUAUACGUUAUUGCCUGGGUGUGCACGGCGAUUGGCGCGAUCGGAAUGAUCUGGCUGUGGUGGAGAUGGCAGAACAAUUACAUCUGGAUCACCAACCGCAUCUUUGUCCCGGGGUUUCUCAACUCUAUUACUGGCAUCAUUUCAACGCUCACCAGCGUCUACGGCGCCCAGGCCGGCGUGUUUGGGGCGACAGCAAAGUCGACAAUUAUCGUAACAGGGGUGAUAGCGGUCAUCUGUGGGUUGCUCGUAAUAAUAUAUCAGUUCUGGCUGUUAAGGACUGUGAAAAAGGAGCACGAUCAUCAAAUUGGGAAGGAGAGGGCAGGAAUGCAUGGAGAAGGUAUAGUAGGAGAAAAAAAGACGAGUAAGAACGAAGUCUAG